AUGCGGGCCACUUCGGCGGAGCCGGAUCCUCCUGCCCCUCCCAUCCCUGGGGAUGGGUUCCAUGUGGCCGGCGAGUCGCCUAUGGACGACUCAUCUGAGCAUCUUGAGUCGGAAUCCGAGGACAUUGUCCUCGGCUCCGAUCUCUCUCAGCUCGUGGCCCGGGCGAUGCCGCCCAUCCUUGACCAUUUGGGGGUUUCUUUUGAGACUCCGUGCCGGGUGGCAUUCAAUGAUGAUGUCAUCAAACACUCUAAAGAUAUCGAAGACCUAAAAGAUACCGGGAGAGAACUCUCUGAUGCCCAGCCAGAGGUCAAAUCUGAUGUCCAAAAGACAGUUGAUGAUGUUAGAGAACGCUAUAACAGACUUGAGCGACUACUGACAGACAGAAGCAGUACCUUGCAUAGAACUCUGAUGAACUGCCGUAGUCUCCAGGACAGCCUCAAUAGCCUCAUUAUAUGGUUGGAAGAGAAGGAAGAUGCUUUUGACAAACUGGACUCCACAAGACUACUAGUCAAACGAGACAACUUGCAAGAGCAAGUUCAAUAUCACAAGCUUCAUCAGAUUGAUAUUGACAGUCACAAGUCAAGCGUUGCUUCAGUCAACACUCUCGCAACAGAGUUGUUGAAAGACAGUGAUCCAACCCAAGCUCACAGCAUCCAGAAAAGACUGGAUGAUCUGAAUUCUCGCUUUGGAGAAGUAAUCACCCGGUCAAACAACAGAGAAACCUACCUGACCUCACUGCUAGAUGAUCUCCUACAACUACAUAAUGAAGUUAAGGAUCUGGAGGAAUGGCUGUUGCCGACUGCUAAAGUCUUGGAGUCAAAAGAGAUUAUGAUGUUGGACCUUCAUGAAUGCAACUCCAAACUGCAGGAUAUUGAGAGGCAGAUAGAGACCCACAGGCCACAGUAUGAAGGCAUCUUACAAUUGUGUAAUGCUCUGUUACAAGAUUCUGGCAAGAAUGACGUCUCAUACAUCAAUGAAAUAUUUGAGAAUAUCCAAGAAAAUUGGAAGAGUCUUGACAACUUGAUGAACAAAAG